GAAUUUUCCACCUUUUUUAUUCUUCUGCUCAAGUUCGCUGAAAACCCCCACCACCUGAGGUGCUACAUCCCUUUUUCACUACUCCUCAGUGCUUCUCAUCUUAUCUCCCUCUUCUUUCUUUUCGAGUUUACCGCGGCCACUGAGCAGGGUGAGCAGCAGACACGAUGCGAAGGACCAACACAGUUGCUGUCGAGGACCCGCCAAGGCGCGGCACGCGUGGAGCUGUCCCGGCCUCGGCGACGCGCGAGUACGGCGUGGCUCCACGUCCCAGCAAGCGCAUGCUUAACCGAGAGAUCGGCGUGCUGCUGCUUGUCCUUGCUGCGCAGACGAUCAUGGGCGUUGUGAACAUGGACAAUGCGCUGAGCACGGAGCUGAUGGCGGAGUCGGAGAGCUUCCACGGCCGUCCGUCGCUGAACAACAAGCACUACUCCCACUCCUCGUGCUACUACUCGUCUGCGUCUUCUGCGGACAAGGAGAUGCCAUACCUGGAUGUGUCGGAAGGCAUGUCGUCGUCAGGGACCAGCUCCGACGCGAGCGAGAGCUGCGACGACGACCGCGACGAGGAGGACGUUGCGGCCGCGCUGUUGGCGUCGCGGCUGACGAUCCCGCGCCGCGCGAACCAGCGCUUUGCGCACGACGAGGACGUGUGGGAGAACAUCUUCAGCUCUCUGCCGUGGGAUGCGGCGACGCAGGCCCGCGAGCUGAGCAAGUUCCACUUCGGCGAGUCACUGGCGCACGUGACGAUUGCGCGGAUGCCGCAGAGCAAGACUGUUGCCCUGUUCAUCCCGUGCCCGGAGGACCUGGACGGUGACGACAUGGCCGUGGAGGCGGAGCUCGCGCCGCGGCUUGCGAGCGCUGACGGUGCGUCGGGGAGCAGCGGCCAGCGCCUGUUCCUGGGCCAGCUGCGCCGCACGGGCACGGUGCCGAUGGUGCGGUGGCUUGUGAACACCGUGUUCAACGCGCCGCCCGGUGCGCUUGUGUCCGUGGAGAACCGCCGCAACACGCGCACGCAACGCGGGAAGGGGUGUGCGUGGGCGACGAUCAGCGACGCGGCGACGGUGGAGCGGAUGCUCGGUGCGCACCACCGGCUGUUCUUCGACACUGUGGACGGCGUGGAAGGCGUGUGGCUUGUGCCGGAGGGCUACGAGGACGCGCUGCAGACGGAGGUGUCGCUGCGGAGCGAGGGCAGCGCGCACCCGAAGCACAUGCCGCGCGGCACGAUCGUGGUGGAAGAUGCCCUCGAUGGCGGCGCCACCCGUACCUGCUGCGAUGCAUGCCCCCGUGAAGGCGUUCUUUCACGGUGCUCGCCGUGGUCACGCAAGGAGCUAUGCCGGAAAUGUGCCACACUUCGGCCCCGCUCCGCCAUACGGGUGCGAGAUGACGAACUGGAACGCGGGCGUGCAUUAUCCCUUCCACCCGAUGUGCGAAGAGAUGCCGCCGCCGCCGCCGAUGCCACGGAGAGACGCGACGGUUGGAGACCGCUGUGCGAGUUUCACGCCAUACCGCGUGCCCGGUGCUGA